AAAAAAAUUAUUGGGAAUUUUUAUGCGCCCAAAACUUCCGGCCCGGUGCUCUUUGUUUCCCACAUGCCAGAAGUCCUCGGCAACGCGUCUGGCUCGUUGAGACAGGACCUCCACUUCUCCACAAGCAAACUUUCAUGGCUGUUGAAACAGAAUUGUACGAGUUGCUCGGUGUAUCUCCUAGCGCUAGUGAAGACGAGAUCAAGAAAGCAUACAGGAAAAAGGCCCGCGAUAUACACCCAGACAAGAACAGAAAUGAUCCAGAUGCCGCGACAAAGUUUCAAGAAAUGGCUGCCGCCUAUGAGAUUUUGAGCGAUCCGAAUACCAGGGUUCUGUAUGAUGAGGGUGGGAUGGAAGGUUUACAAGGCGGUCGCUCGGGCGGUCCUAAUAUGGAUGAUUUGUUCACUCAAUUUUUCACUGGUGGUGGCAGCGGAUUCUCAUUCGGAUUCGACAUGGGCCCCGGGCCUUCAAGAUUUAGCCGACAAAAUGAUUCUGUUCUGCCACAUGAAGUGACACUAGAGGAUCUGUAUAACGGCAAGACGGUGAAGAUGAACAUGGAAAAGCAGGUGUUAUGCAGCUCAUGCAAGGGGUCUGGUGCCAAGGGACAUGCAAAGCCCAAACAAUGCUCGACGUGCGAAGGAAGCGGACGCGUCUACAUUAAGACCCAGUUGGCGGGCGGGCAAAUGGCGGUUUCGCCCCAGCAGUGUGAAGACUGUCAUGGAAAGGGUGAGAAGUUGCGAGAAAAGGACAGAUGCAAAAAAUGCAAGGGCUCUGGUACUGUUAAAGAGAAGACGCGACAAGAGAUGUUCAUCGAGAAAGGCAUGGCGGACCAACAAAGGAUCGUCCUAGCAGGCGCCGGUGACGAAGAGCCUGGUGUUUCUGCCGGCGACGUGGUGUUCGUCCUAAAAGUCCUUCCCCACAAUUCUUUCGAAAGAAACGGCAACGAUCUAUUGGUUAAAGUCAAGAUCACUCUGUCUGAAGCACUUUUGGGAUUUUCCAGAAUUCUGCUCACGCACCUCGACGGUCGUGGCAUUAAAGUCACUUCACCACCGGGCAAAAUUUUACAACCUGAUGCAAGCAUCGUGAUCCGAGGGGAAGGAAUGCCCACUUAUAAACGGCCGGAUAGUAAAGGGGACCUCUUUGUCCUCUUCGAUAUUGAGAUGCCGACCGAAGGCUGGCUUCGGUCGGUGGAUCAUCAGGCUCUUGCGAAACUCCUUCCACCAAAAAAGCCUGAAAUGCAGCCCCAACCGGAGAUUGUAGACGAAGUCAAUUUCGAGGAGAUCGACCGCGAUGAUAUACAUGAUGAAGACGGCUGGGAAGAUGAAGAUGAUGACGACGAAGGUGCAGGCGACAUGUUUGAUGACUAUAUGGGCGGCCCAGCAGAACCCGAAUGUCGUCAGCAGUGAUCAGUGAUUCCCCGUUCUUGGCUUUACACAAUGUUGUCGCUCCUUGCUUUGAUCUUACCCCCACUCGUUCCCAUUUUUGUUAGCUAUACCUCCACUCAUCUUGGUUGUUCAUAUUAUACUAAACCUUAUUGUUCGUCUAAGCAAUACUAAUCCCCAAGUAUCAUUAAUUGCCACUAUCUUGCAUAACAUGAUGACCUAUUCUACCUAGUGCAAACAAAUACUU